UAAUUUAAAAAGUACCGUCAUAAACGAAGGAAAACGUGGAUUAGAUAGAUUAUUAGAGAGAGGGGGGCUGCCAAAACAAUUUGGAACGGGGUUGCGCCAAAGAAAAAAUAGUAUAAAAAGAGCCAGAACAAAAAAUCAAAAUCAUUUGCCAUUAACAACACAAAAUAAAAAUCAGAUAUUAGUUGGAAAAAUCUCAGCAGAUACACCAAAAAAGAAAAGAAAGAAAAUUGAUACAUUUGGUUUAUAUUAAAAAUGUCAAUUCACCACAAAAUUGAUCGAGAAUCAGCAAAUGCAAUCACUAAUGCACUUUCAUUUUUUGAAACACCAAAUACAAAUGUCAGCGUAACUAAUUCAUCAGUUAUUGAACUCCUUACACUUAACCCAGUAAAUAUCACUCCGUACCACUUUAAAAUUCACGCAAGCACAAAUUACAUAGAUUUAGCAAAAUGUUACGUGUUUAUUGAACUAAAAAUCCUUAAAGAAGAUAAAGAUGGAAGAAUGAUUGAUCUAGGAAAAGAUGAUAAUGUAGCUGUCUGUCAAUUAAUAGGCCAUACUAUAUGGAAAAAUUGUAGAGUGUCAAUAAAUGGCACACAGAUAUUUGAAGGAAACUCGUUAAUGGCCUAUAAAAGCAUUUUUGACUAUGAACUCACAUACCCACAAAGUGUAAAAAAUUCUUAUCUAUCUGUGGCAGGAUAUUAUGAUGAUGGGGACAAUCAAACUGAGACAAAAGUCGAAACGGUUGGUUAUGGAUACAAAUCAAGAAAGAGUUCAUGUCAAAAUUGGAUGUAGAUAUAUUUAACCAGCCACGAUAUCUGGUAAAUCAAUGCGAGGUCGAUAUUGAACUCUUGCCCAACGACUCAAAUUUUUUGCUGAAUACUCCCAUGGA